AUGGCUACCUUUCAACUCAUUUGGUGGUACUGUGUCAGCACCGUGGUGCUGGCUGCCACUCCAGCAUACCAAAGACCACAGAUUUACCAAAGACCCCAUAAGAUAUCCAUGCGGGCAUGGAGCAACAGUUCUUCUUUGCAUACAUCCUUCAGCACUUCGUUACCACAUGCAUCGCGUACAACUGCCGAGAUCGCCAAUCCUACAUCACAUCUGCCAUGGAAUCUAACCUCACUAUGGGGUUGGAAUACCACACAUACCUUGCAGCCUACAGGAGCCACAGAUAUAUCAUACCCUACAGGAACCACACCAGUGCCCCAUCCUACGGCAAUUGUCACUGUCGGCGAAGCAGGAAAGCUUGUGUUCUCACCGUCAUCCUUGAAUGCUACCAUUGGUUCAGUCAUUGUUUUCGACUUCCUUGGGCUCAACCAUACUUUGACACAGAGUGAACUCUGGGAUCCAUGCCGAAGUAACCAAUUAUUUGACUCUGGGUUUCACCAGUUUAAUCCAACAAACACGAGCGGGAAGUUUGUGGUGGAGUUCAAGGUUGUCGAUCAAGAUCCUAAAUGGUUCUUCUGCGCUCAGACGGUCAAGCGGUCUCAUUGUCAAGCCGGCAUGGUCUUUAGUCUGAACCCCCAUGGAUCGCAUGCUCAAUUUCUUCACAAUGCUUUGGCAGGUAUUGAAACCCAGCCAUCUAACGCAUGCGAACUACCGAGUGUAGACCUCACCCCCAGUCACACAAUUACACAUGCCGCUACUGGUACGUUGUCCGCAAAUGCCAGUACCAGUUCCGUAGCAGUCUCCCCGCCAAUAGUCAAUUCAGCGAGUGUAAAGGCAAUGUGGCAGGUAGGAUACUUGAUAGCUCUUGCCCUUCUGUAG